AUGGCUCAAUCUCGCAAACAAUUCGUUGAACAAUUUAUUGAUACUCUCACAAAUCCUAAAACCAAUGAUCUUAAACGUUUUCUAGAAGAAGAUGUACAAAAAACUGUGAAUUCAAAAGUUGUUUACAGCAACAUUGAAGAAGCUAAAGAAUAUUACACUAAAGAACAAGAUGGUAAAACAACAUCUCAAUGGACAAUUGUUGAAUGUGAACCAGAAGAUCCUAACACAAAUACAUUACGUCUUAGAAUUUCUCAUGGUAAUAAAACAUCUGAUACUUUAUAUACAUUCAGUUCAAAUGAUAAAGUUCAGCGAAUUGAUGCUGUUAACUAA